AUGCCUGGUCCUUUGGUGAAUACCUCUACCGGGUUCAGCAUUGGCGUGGCCGACACCACGUUAAUGACUAAAGCCGAAGAUUUUUACAAGAACUUGGUUGGCAUGAAGGCCCAAUCUAGCGCAAACAGCGAAAAAAUUCUUGUCUCCGAAGAUGAUAAGUUCAGCUUGACGCUCAAGUUGAGCAAGGAUGCAUUGAGUCCUGCCGAGGUCGAUGGGUUGAAGUCCAAGAUGGAGACCAGCUACAAGAACGCCGACUGGAGAUCUCUUGCUUCGCAUAUCAGUUUGAAAACUGCCAACUUGAAUACUCUCGUUCAAUCCUUCAGAGCCAACGGAUUCCCUGUCCAGUUGUUCCCCAACGAGUUGUACCCAACGGAAGCCUACACAUUUGACCCUGUGGGAAACUUGAUUGGUUUCACUUGCGGUCAGAAUGCAAUGACAUUGAAGCCCAAGGCCACCAAGCUUGAGAAGCCUGAAGUGUUCCAGCUUCCACCUGGUGCUCUCUCUGUGUCACCUUCCCAGUCUGCUCCAAUUCCAGAGGGUCAAGCCAAGAGAAACAUUGCCGUUAUGACCUCCGGAGGUGAUGCCCCUGGUAUGAACGCAUGUGUCAGAGCUGUUGUUAGAGCUGCUAUUUACAAGGGCUGUAACGCUUUCGCUGUCAUGGAAGGUUACGAAGGUUUAGUCAGAGGUGGUCCCGAGUACAUCAAGAAGAUGGCGUGGCAAGACGUUGAGGGCUAUCUUACAGACGGUGGUACCAACAUUGGUACUGCAAGAUGUAUGGCAUUCCGUGAAAGAGCUGGUAGAUUGAAGGGCUGUAAACACAUGAUUGAUGCAGGUAUCGAUGCUUUAAUUGUCUGUGGUGGUGACGGUUCGUUGACCGGUGCUGAUUUGUUCAGAGCUGAGUGGCCUUCCUUGAUCCAGGACUUGAAAGAAAGCGGCGAUAUUACCCCUGAACAAUACGAAAGACAUAAACAUUUGAACAUUUGUGGUACUGUUGGUUCCAUCGACAAUGACAUGGCAACGACAGAUGCCACUAUCGGUGCCUACUCCUCUCUUGAUAGAAUCUGUAAGGCCAUUGAUUACAUUGAUGCUACUGCCAACUCUCACUCUAGAGCCUUCGUUGUCGAAGUCAUGGGAAGACAUUGUGGAUGGCUCGCCUUGAUGGCCGGUAUUGCUUGUAAUGCCGAUUACAUCUUGAUUCCUGAAAAGCCAUCUUCUUCCAAGGAUUGGAAGGAACAAAUGUGCGAGAUUGUAGGUAAGCACAGAUCCUCUGGAAAGAGAAAGACUAUUGUCAUCGUUGCAGAAGGUGCAAUUACCAAUGAUUUGGAGCACAUUAGCGCAAAAGAGGUGAAAGAUGUCUUAGUUGACCGCUUGGGAUUGGACACUAGAGUGACUACCCUUGGACAUGUUCAAAGAGGUGGUACUGCUGUCGCUUUCGACAGAGUGUUGGCCACAUUGCAGGGUGUAGAGGCUGUCAAUGCAAUUUUGGAAUCGACUCCAGACACUCCUUCUCCUCUCAUUGGAAUUGAGGAAAACCAGAUUGUUAGAUUACCUCUUGUUGAAGCUGUCAGAAUCACGAAGUCUGUGGCAGAUGCAAUUGAAAAGAAAGACUUUGAUGGUGCCAUGGCUUUGAGAGAUGCUGAUUUCACUGAGCACUUGAACAACUUCAUGGCUAUCAAUACUGCUAUUCAUGAAAAGCCAACCCUCCCACUCGAGAAGAGAAAGCGCAUAGCUAUCAUUAACGUUGGUGCUCCAGCCGGUGGUAUGAACAGUGCCAUCUACUCUAUGGCCACCUACUGUAUGUCCCGCGGUCACACCCCUUACGCUAUUCACAAUGGUUUCUCUGGUUUGGCAAGACAUGAGUCUGUGCGCUCCAUUGACUGGUUAAACAUUCAAGGAUGGACUUCUAUGGGAGGUUCUGAAGUGGGUACGAACAGAGCCACUCCAGAAGAAACCGAUCUUGGAAUGAUUGCCUACUACUUCGAGAAGUACCAAUUCGAUGGUCUUAUCUUGGUUGGAGGUUUCGAGGCUUUUACCUCUUUGCAUCAACUUGAAAGGGCACGUGCUAUGUACCCAAGUUUCAGAAUUCCUAUGGUAUUAAUUCCAGCCACUAUCUCUAACAAUGUUCCUGGAACUGACUACUCUCUUGGAUCUGAUACUUGUUUGAACUCAUUGAUGGACUAUUGUGACAUCGUUAAACAAUCUGCCUCGGCUACCAGAAACAGAGCAUUCAUCAUCGAGGUUCAAGGUGGUAACUCGGGCUACAUUGCAACUUUUGCUUCUUUGGCCUGUGGUGCUUUGGCAUCGUAUGUCCCAGAAGAAGGCAUUGACUUGGCUCAAUUGGAGCUCGAUGUAGAAGCAUUGAAAAAGGAGUUCUCCACAUCGGAGAAUUUGAGCAAGAGUGGAAAGCUUAUCUUGAAGAGCACAAAUGCUUCUAAAUCUUUGACCACACAGGUCCUUGCAGACAUCAUGAAGCUGGAAGGAGAUCAUGAGUUUGACACGAAGACUGCAAUUCCAGGUCAUGUUCAACAAGGUGGCUUGCCUUCUCCAAUUGACAGAACAAGAGCCUCAAGAUUUGCAGUAAAGGCUGUUCAAUUCAUUGAAAACACCUUUGAGACAAUAAACUCCUCGAGAAACAGUUUUGAUUUUUCAAAUGAGUCUCCUGAACUUUCUGAAACUGCUGCUGUUCUUGGUGUUAACAGAUCACACUUGAAAUUUACAUCUAUCAGACAAUUGUAUGACUACGAGACUGAGCACGGCAGAAGAAUGCCCAAGAAGAUCUCAUGGCUCAAAACGAGAACAGUCUGUGAUCAAUUGGUUGGCAGAGUCAAACUACAAUCGUGA